UAAUAAUUGAACUGUGUCAAAAUAACCACAAACAUUAUCCACCCCACAAAUUCAACAAGUGAUCAAAAUUACACACACACGCGCGCGAAAGAUGACAGCAUCACCACCACUCCUCCGCCAUAACUCAGCCGCCGCAACUCCUCUGCCACCGCCACCCACCAUAACAUGUGUAAAAAAGCUAGCAGAAUCACCGGAACUCAACUCCAUCCCAUCCAACUACGCCUACAACACAGAAACCACCGGAUCAAACGAAUCAAUCCCCACCGUCGAUCUCUCUCUUCUCACUUCCCAAAACCCUAAUCUCAAGUCCAAAGCCAUCAACGACCUCGAAAUCGCCUGUCAGGAUUGGGGCUUCUUCAUGGUAGUGAAUCAUGGAAUACCAGAAGAGUUGAUGAAGGGUAUGCUUGAGGUAGUUAAUGAAUUCUUCGAUUUGUCGGAGGAAGAGAAACCGGAAUUCCAGCCGAAGAAUGUUCUAGAACCUAUUAGAUAUGGGACAAGCUUUAAUACUGAGAAAGAGAAGGUUUUUUGCUGGAGGGAUUUCUUGAAGGUUUUUGUGCAUCCUCAGUUUCAUUGUCCGAAUAAACCCGAGUCCCUCAGAGGGCUAUUAACGGAAUACUGUGAAAGAAGUAGAGAAGUGGUGACGAAAUUGUUGAAAGGAAUAUCAGAAACCCUGGGUUUGGAAGAAACUGAAGUGGAAAACGCCUUUAACAUGAGCUCGAGUUUACGGAUUUUCAUUGCGAAUCUGUACCCGCGUUGCCCGAAUCCCGAUUCUGCCCUCGGAAUGCCACCUCAUUCGGACCAUGGCCUUUUAACACUUGUCAUACAAAAUGGAGUUGGAGGAUUGCAAAUUCAACACAAGGGUGUGUGGGUCAAUGUCAAUGCUAUCCCUAAUUCAAUCUUGGUCAACACUGCUGAUCAACUUGAGAUAUUUAGCAAUGGGAAGUACAAGAGUGUUUUGCAUAGAGUGGUGGUGAACAAUGAAAAGACAAGGAUUUCAAUUGCGAUGGCCAACGGUCCGUCGGGCGACACGGUUGUGGGCCCGGCUCCAAAGCUUCUGGAAAAACGAGGGUGUGUUUCAUCGUACGCUCCGAUGAAGUACAAGGAUUAUAUAUUGUCACAACAGAGUAACCAACUCAAGUGCAAGUCCAUCUUGGAGCAACUUCAAAUUCAUGAAGAAGGCAAUUAGAAUUAAUGCCUUCCAACUAGUACUAUUUGAAAGAAUCAUAUCUUAUAUAGCAAGUUAUGUAUUUAAAAAAAAUAAAAAAUUAAAAAAACUUUUGUUUCGUCGUUGUUAAAUGAUCGCUUCGUCUAAAAA